AUGUCCGGCUACACAGCUGAGCAGCUUGCUGUCGCUCGUGAACUCUCCGCAGGGUACAGCUCACGUAGCAGCAGGUCAAGAAACAAAGCAACCGGCCGGUCAGGUGGUGGUAUUUCAGGCUCAUCAUAUCCCACUCGAGCCUCCAUGCUCAGACCGCAAGCGUCAUCAUUUGCUUCAAGCGGUGGUCAAGCCAGCGGAUCUGGCAGAUUCACCUUGCGUGGUAAUGGAGCCUCACGAGUUACAGCACCGGCUACCAAUAGUCGAGACAGUGGUAGACCUACUCGGGAAACUCAGCCAGUCAAUGUCCCAAAAGGUCGAACCUUCGCCAGUCCCUUGACAAAUCCCAACUACUCCCCCACAAACGUACCUCGGGCACAGGGCCACACACCCAAGGUCUCAGAUUGCACCGCAUCGGCUACGGAAGCGGUCGGCGCCAGCUACAUCUGCGGAAAUCACGGCAACACUCCAGGAGUUGCUCGUCUUGUUCAUUUACAUGCCAGCCCACCCAUGGCAGCUGAUACUGAAGUCACAAGUAAUCGUAGAUCAGCUCAGUUCAGAGAUCAGAUCAAGUCAGCUCCACAAGUUCCUGGUUCAGCCGCAGCUCCCACCGAGGGUAAGAAGCUUGAUGCAUCCUAUGCUGCUACUUCGGAUCCUCCAUCGAAAGAUAUGUCUGAACCAGACCAUUGGUCAUCCCCUGAUAUCCCCACAACCGGAAGCUCGCACCCAGGCAUCAUUGAAGUUGAAGUUGCUGAGGGACAGAAAGCAAAGAUCGACACAUCUCAGCCUGUGAUCUGGAACUGGAUGAGUGGCGAGUCACCCAGAGCCCGGCCACCUACAGUCUUUGUAGAGAAUCCGGAGUCCCCUUACGGCGAUUUGGCUGAUAUCUUUUCAAAGAAACCGCUCGGCCGUCGCCCACAGUCUGCGAUUUUGGAGCCUAUAGUGUACUUUGAUCACAACUUGCCACCCCCAGUUGUUGAGUACUACCAAUCACCCAGUGAGCAAUCAACCAAUCGGCCCUAUAAUCUUGUUCAAGGAACAACUGCAGAGGAGCGCCAACGGCCAGUUCCCGCCGAACUCCAGCACGAGAAUUGCACGUGCAAUAGGGACCCAAGCACCGUCAAGGGUCUGGGAGGCUCUCGCUUCUCGCAAGGCGAAACGCGGCCGCUGGGGAACCAGAAUCGGUUUACCGGUGCCUGCCCCGUUCACUACGAGCAAAUAGUCCAUAAGCUUGGGGCCACCUUGUCAAGCUUCACACUUUGA